AUGCUUGCACACAAAGAAGCCCAGAAACGAGACUGGAAAAUUGUGGCCGCAUUGACUGUCUGGGCAGCCUAUGUCCGUCUCUGGAAGAUUUGGCAGCCAUCCUCUGUUGUGUUUGAUGAAGUGCAUUUUGGUGGAUUUGCAGCAAAGUACAUAAGAACCCGCUUCUUUAUGGACGUGCAUCCUCCGUUGGCCAAGAUGUUAAUUGCGCUGGUUGCCAAGCUGUCUGGGUUCGACGGAGUUUUUGACUUUAAAGACAUUGGAAAGGAUUACAUUGAAUCAGACGUACCAUACGUUCCUAUUCGCGUUUUUUGUGGCAUUUGUGGACUGCUAGUAGUUCCAAUUGCUUAUCUGACCAUGAGAGGAUCAGGCCAUUCUGUCGCCGCAGGCCUUGUGGUAGCUUUAAUGGUCUGUUAUGAGAAUGGCUUAAUUGCCAACAAUCGAUUGAUCUUACUUGACCCUCCACUCUUAUUUUUUACGGCUGCUACAACCCUGAUGUGGAUCAACUUCCACAACCAAAAGAAUAAACCUUUUCAGUUUUGGUGGUAUACCUGGCUGGCAUUAACUGGUCUUGGCCUUGGCCUCACAGUCAGCUGUAAGUGGGUUGGCUUGUUCACAAUUGCAACCAUUGGUGUGUCUACCAUCAAAAAUCUUUGGGAUCUGUGGGGAGAUUCGCGUAUUCCUAAUGUGUUUGUACGCCAUUUUUUGGCAAGGGCAGCAUGUUUGAUUGCACUGCCUGUUGUGGUAUACAUGCUUAUGUUUGGAAUUCACUUCCAUUCGCUUCCCAAUAGUGGUGAAGGUGAUGGUUUCAUGAGUCCUGAGUUCCAACAGACUCUCGCAGGCCAUAGUAUGGCUGAUACACCAAUCGAUAUUGCUUAUGGAUCAAAUGUAUAUCUGAGACAUGUUGCAACUCGCGGUGGUUACCUUCAUUCACACCCUCACGAUUAUCUCACUGGAAGUAAACAACAACAGGUUACUCUUUAUCCUCACCGCGAUAAUAACAAUUGGUGGACUAUUCACAAGUCGACCACAAAUGAAACCGUUGGAAUUGAAUAUGUUAAAGACAAUGAUAUCAUCCGUCUUAUCCACAGAGAUACUGGAAAGCGUCUCCAUUCUCAUGAACACCGUCCUCCCAUGACAGAUCUCGAUUAUCACAAUGAAGUCAGUGCUUAUGGAUUUCCUGGAUUUAAUGGCGAUGCCAAUGAUUUUUGGCGUGUUGAGAUUAUAGACCAUGAUAAACGUGAUCCUGAGUCUGAAGACAGACUUCGAACAAUCCAUUCAAGAUUUCGCUUAAUACAUGUCAUGUCUGGGUGCUCACUUUUCUCCCAUAGCGUUAAACUUCCCGAGUGGGGAUUCGGUCAACAGGAAGUAACGUGUAUUAAAAGUGGAAAGAUACCCAAGACUGUGUGGUAUAUUGAAUCUACCGAGAACUCCCAGUUGCCAGAUGAUACCGAAAAAGUUAAUUACAAUCGUCCUGGAUUUAUUGGAAAAUUCUUAGAGUUGAACAAAGUAAUGUGGGACACUAACAAGGGUCUUACUGCAUCUCACCCUUAUGACUCUAGACCAUCGUCAUGGCCUGUACUGAAACGCGGUAUCAAUUUCUGGGGAAAAGGAGAUCUUGGCCUUCAUAUAUAUUUGCUUGGAAAUCCCCUUGUUUUCUGGGGAAGCACAGUUGCUAUAUUUUCUUACAUUGCAAUCAAGGCAGUAUUUUUACUAUUAGAGAAACGCGGUUUCCAGACUGACUUUGGAGGGCUUCGCAAGUUUUAUGACGAAUCCGCUGGAUUUUUCCUCAUGGGAUGGUGCUUCCACUAUUUCCCAUUCUUCCUCAUGGGUCGCCAAUUGUUUUUGCACCACUAUAUGCCUGCUCUUUACUUUGCUAUUUUGCUAUUUGGUGUUGGAUUUGACCUCUUAACCAUCAGACUUGUCAAUCGUAAACGUCUUAUUGCCGCUGCUGCAUUUGUGAUGUGUGUCAUCUACGUUUACCGUUCAUUCAUACCUAUCACAUAUGGUGAGCCAUGGACAAAAAAAGAUUGUGAAAAGGCAAAAUGGUUACCUACCUGGGACUUUGAUUGCAUUCAAUUCCGAGAUGACAUUUCAGCCUAUUAUCCUGACGGCAAGCAACCAAAACUAGAGCUCAUGCAAGAAGCCAUAAAGAGCUAUUUUGCUCCAGCGGAAAGCAAGGAACAAGCAGCGGCAGCAAUUGACGCAGUCAAUAUUAUAUCUGAUGGAAUAGUUCUUGCUGCUCAGAGUGAUCCGGUUCUAAAAGAGAAUCCACAGCAGCAAGUUACUGAUGUGGAUGCACAGGGGUAAAUCACCUCGAUAUCCAUCAUACUUGCAUCAUUAUUUAUAACAAAAAAAAUAUCAAAUAGCUAAAUAGACUUACACAUCUGCAAAUCAAAAUUGAAACUUGGUGUAAUAUAAUGCACGCAUAAAAAUAUAAAUAC